AGCCGAGAGAUCAACUCGACUGGCAACGACAACGACGACCACUUCUCCUUCGAAGGCAGGUAACAAGACGAUGGCCUCUUCUGCUUCGUUAAUCCUUUCGUCUGGAACACCUAUUUCCCCGAGUCGAUCCCGCAGCGGCGCCCACCGGCGUCCUGCAUCGAUCGGGGUCUCAUCCUCCGCCUCCGCUGAUCUUCCGCUGCGGAAGAUUCCCGGCGAUUAUGGCCUCCCCUUCCUCGGCCCGCUUUGCGACCGGCUGGCCUACUUCUACUUCGAGGGCCGCGACCAGUUUUUCAGGUCCCGCAUCCGCCGCUACGGCUCCACCGUGUUCCGAGUCAACGUGCCCCCGGGCCCCUUCGUGGCGCCGGACCCCCGUGUUGUGGCCCUCCUCGACGCCGCCAGCUUCCCCGUCCUCUUCGACACCUCCCUCGUCGAGAAGCGCGACCUCUUCACCGGGACCUUCAUGCCCUCCACCGAGCUCACCGGCGGCUUCCGCGUCCUUCCCUACCUCGACCCCGCCGAGCCCAACCACGCCCAGCUCAAGCGCCUACUCUUCUUCCUCCUCGGCUCCCGCCGCCACGCCGUCGUCCCCGAGUUCCGCCGAAGCUUUGGGUCCCUGUUCGAGGCGAUGGAGGCGGAGAUCGCGAGGGAGGGGAAGGCGGAUUUCAGCGCCGCCAAUGACCGAGCAGCAUUCGACUUCCUGGUGCGGUGCUUCUUCGGAACAGAUCCGGCUGGCUCAAGGCUGGACCUAGACGGCCCCGGGUUGAUCAACAAGUGGGUUCUGUUCCAGCUUGGGCCUCUGCUCAAGCUCGGUCUCCCGCCCUACCUCGAGGACUUCCUCCUCCACUCCUUCCGCCUCCCGCCGGCGCUGGUCCGGGCCGACUACGACCGGCUGACCGACUUCUUUCGCGAGUCAGCUGGGCCGUUCCUGGACGAGGCGAAGCGGUUCGGGGUCUCGAGGGAGGAGGCGCUCCACAACGUUAUGUUCGCCACCUGCUUCAACGCCUUCAGCGGCAUGAAGGUCCUGUUCCCGAGCCUGAUCAAGUGGAUCGGCCGGGCCGGGGCGCGACUCCACGGUCGGAUCGCGGAGGAGGUCCGGUCGGCGGUGCGUGGGACGGGCAACGGGGAGGUGACGGUGCGGGCGGUGGAGGCGGCGAUGCCGCUGACUCGGUCGGUGGUGUACGAGGCGCUGCGGGUGGAACCCCCCAUGCCUCUGCAGUACGGGCGGGCGAAGCGGGACAUGGUGGUGGCGAGCCACGACGGCCGGUUCGAGGUGCGUGCUGGGGAGGUGCUGUUCGGGUACCAGCCGUUCGCGACGAGGGACCCACGGGUGUUCGAGCGUGCGGAGGAGUUCGUGGCGGACCGAUUCGUGGGAGCCGAGGGGGCGGCGCUGCUGCGUCACGUGCUGUGGUCUAACGGGCCGGAGACGGAGGGACCGACCACGGAGAACAAGCAGUGCGCCGGGAAGGACUUCGUGGUGACGGUGGCGCGAUUGCUGGUGGUGGAGCUCUUCCUGCGCUACGACUCCUUCGAGAUCGAGGUUGGCGCUUCGCCGCUCGGCUCCUUGGUGAAGCUCACCUCACUCAAAAGAGCCACCUUUUGAAGGAUGCGUAAUCGACAUACCAUUUCGGCAAACACUUCAGUUACAAGAAUAGUAAGGAAAACUUGGUUGUACUCGAUGCAAAGUAUCAACAGCUUUUAGCCUACAAAGGGAUUCUACUGCACAUUAGAUUCCACGAUUAAGAUUUCUCGAGGAGGCAACAGAGGAGGAGGAACAAGGAGAAGAGCUACGCUCACUGGUCCAUUGAUCCUGCACUGAAACUGGGGACACUGCCUGGGGUUUCUCCACCACUACGCUCUCCGCCGCCGACCUCCUACUCUGUGGCUCAUCAUGUUGCUCCUCCGAUCCUUCAGGUUGAGCUGGGCGACACUCCUCCAUCAUGAUCUUUUCCAGCUCUUCUGCGACCUCCGCCAUCGACGGCCUCGCGUCCCUGUGGAACGCCAGGCACCGGAAAGCGAGCUCCGCCACCUUCUGCACCGAAGCCCUGGUCUGACCGUUCCAAUUCUCUUUGAUAAUCAGGUCUACGAUGUCCUCCACCAGCCCCUUCCCGAUCUUGUCGGCCGCGAGCGACGCCAGGUUCACCUCGCUCGCUGCUCGACGGAAGUCCACCACCUUCAUCGCCGUGAUCAUCUCCACCAGCACCACUCCGUAGCUGUACACGUCGCUCUUGUCCGAGAGGUGGAAGUUCUGGUGGUACUGCGGGUCGACGUAGCCCGGCGUCCCCUGCGGCGCGGUCGAGAUGUGGGACGACUCGACGAUGCCGACCCUCGAGAGUCCGAAGUCCGCCAGCUUGGGCCGAAGGUCGUAGUCCAACAGGAUGUUGCUGGACUUGAUGUCCCGGUGGUAGAUGGGCGGGUGCACGGCGGUGUGGAGGUACGCGAUGGCCCUGGCGGUCUCGGUGGCGAUGGAGACCCGGGCGGACCAUGACAGGCCGUUGCCCCGCUCGCGGUGGAGGUGCUGCGACAGGGUGCCGUUGGGCAUGAACUCGUAGACGAGUAUGUGCUCGCCGCUGUCGAUGCAGCAGCCCAAGAGGUGGACGAGGUUGGGGUGGCUGACGGAGGAGACGAGCUUGAUCUCGUUGAUGACAUGUUCGAUGUUGUCGGUGUCAGGGUGUUUGAGCCUCUUGAUGGCGACGAGGCCGGUGUUGGAGAACCGUCCCAUGUACACGGUGGCGUAGGCGCCGGCACCGAGCUUGUACGCAUCGGAGAAGUUGCCGGUGGCACGUUCGACCUCCUUGUGGGAGUAGACGGCGACGGUGCAGGAUGUCUCGUCGAGCAGGCGUCGGGUGCCGGAUUCCUCCACUUCGGAGACGAUCCCCCGGCGUCUGACGAGGUAGCAGAGCAGUGCCAAUCCAAGAGCAAGAGCGGCUCCAGCCACGGCCCCUGCGAUGCCAGAGCAGAGCCAGCAUCAGUUGUGGGCAUUGCUAAAAAGUCUAUCAUGAUCCCUAUGAAGCAUUAAUGCAAGAAAGCUCUUACCUCCAACAAUGGCACCAGCUUUGCCACCGGGAAUGGAGCUUAUCGAUGCAGCAUCUGCCCAAGAGUCAAAAAGAGGGAAUCAACAAUCUAAUCUUUCUACUCUUAUCAACUAGCAAUUUAAGAUUGAAAUCAUAUCUUAAUUCGAAACUAAUAUCAUGUGCGGAUCUCAAAGCAAUGUGUGCCGAUCUCAAAGCAUGAAUUAUUGUAUGCCAUGAUUUCAGAUCUCCAAUGACAUUCGUAUGGUUGACA